AUGUCUGCGCCAUCUAACAAACCGAUCUCGAUGGCACCGUCCUCAACGCCGCCUGCUGCGGCAACAGCGUCUGCUAUUCUCGAAAAGACCAAUCCGGGCGUGCGCCGCUCUACCCCAGACUCAGAAGCACUAGCUUCAUCAGAUGACGACGGAGAUCAUGCCGCACAUUCAAAUAACAUCAUCCCUCCGUCGAAUAAACCAUCGGUUCGUCGCACGUCGUGGCUGAAUGAGGUGCCACUUUCAGCGCAGCGCAAGCACUCCCUACCCGGCGGUCAUCUGGCCUCAGCGCCAUCCAACCCAACGAGCCCAUCCACUGACCAGGCACCUUGGGCAACAACCACAAGUCCGAACAUGGCCGGGUCUUUCAAUUGGAACCAGGCAGGGGGAAGCACAUUUCCCUGGGGCACGGGAGCUGGCAUAUGGAACCCUGAAUCACGCAAAGAACCUCCUCCCCGCUUGUCCGAAAUGAUACCCUCUCCAACGAUGAUCAACCCACCUCUGGCAGGCGGCAUGCAGGAUGAAAUGCUGAGCCCGAUCACUCGCACUAUCUCCGGUGAAUCUGCCAUCCCAUUCUCUAUCCCGCUACACCCAACCCCGAAGACCUAUCGAUCCCAGUCAUAUUCAGUGGGACAAAUGGACCCUGAAUUUCUCGGAUUAGGCGCCGGCAAGCCUGGCGCUGGCCCACCAUACCCAGGUGGUCGCCCUCGAGGCCCAGGCCAGAUUUCAGCUGUCCAGCCUCGAGCUUCACGUCCCAGCAUGCUAGGAGAUCUAGGACAUGAUCCCGCUAUGCUCGGUCGAGUCAGAGAAGAUGACGACGGCAAUGACAGCCUCAACGGCUCAGAAACGGAUAUGAACUACUCGGCGAGUCAGGCACGUCAGCAAAUUGAGCAGCUCGCGCGUGAGAAUGCCAUCCUCAGACAAGCCGCCGCGGCAGGUCAAAUGGAUAACAGAUAUCGUGAGCGAGCUGGCUCUGCUGCGUCCAUCGGCGCAGGUGUUCACCAUGCCUUGCACCAUCGUAUUCGAGGAGGUGUGCCAGAAGAAGACCUGGGAGGCACUAAAGAUAUUGGAGAACUGCGCGAUAUUGCAGGAUACCACGGUAUCCGUGGAAUGUCUAACCGUCGCUUCUCGGAGCAGUCGGCAAACCCAGAAGGUUUCGGUUCAUUCGCUCCCCAGCUCGAAAACCGUGCACUGGACAAUGUGCGCAAGGCUCAUUGGCAGACUUCUCUUGGUUUCGGUGGUAUGCCCGACAUGCCUCAGAGUCGCAGACACUCCUUUGCCGAUAUCCCUAUGCGCCAUGGAUCGAUCGGUUCAGUGGAUCCCCUUGCAGCUGUUACUCCCCGCGCAAACGAUGGGGAUCGCGAUGACGUCUACGGUAACAUUAACGAUUAUGCUGGCCGUGAGUUGAUUUGCCCUUCAACACGACCUACAUCGAAUGCUAAUAUUUUUCUUCUAGAAUCUUACUAUCCUCGUGAACAGACUUUGCGUGGAGAUGGCUCUUCCGGAAUUCCAUCAUCCCUCAGUCAGUAUGCAAUGUCAAGUGGUUAUGGCCGUCCUUCAUCUACCCUUGUACACGCCCAUCAGAACCAGCUGCUGUAUAUUGUUGCCUUCAAAUGCAGCCGCGCAGACGUCUUUUACAUCCAAGAAGAUACUGGUCUCCAGGUGAAGCAAGGUGAUCUGGUUAUUGUCGAGGCUGAUCGUGGUACUGAUCUCGGUACCGUCAUUCAUUCCAACAUAUCACUCCAGCAGGCCCGUGAGCUGAAGCAGCACUACGCCGAAGAACAUUAUAAGACCUUGAUGAUGUAUUCUAGACAUGGUCAGCUCGAGGGGUCAGGAUUGACCAACCCGAAUGCGGGCUUGAACACCCGCAGCGCCACCGGCGGCAUGGGCCCCCAUGGUCCGCACGGGGUGCAGGAGCAGAGCUCGGAAAUCAAGCCGAAGCUCAUCAAGCGCUUGGCGCAGAAGCAUGAGGUUAUGACUUUGCAUGACAAAGAAGGCAAUGAAGCCAAAGCCAAGCGCGUGUGUCAACAAAAAGUUGUCGAGCACCGAUUGAAUAUGGAGAUUCUGGAUGCGGAGUUCCAGAUGGAUUGGAAGAAGCUUACGUUCUACUACUUUGCGGAUUCAUAUAUCAACUUUAACUCCCUGGUGACCGACUUAUUCAAGAUUUACAAGACUCGCAUCUGGAUGUCCGCCAUCAAUCCAGCCUCAUUCGUGACCCCUCCCAACCCCGGUCUUCCCGGCCCUGGUGCCAUUACGAACCCCCUCUAUGGUGUGGAUACGGAGCGCCGUCACCACGAGGCCAGAUCCUACGGCGGCUCGCGUGAUGCCAUAGACACAGGACGUGAUGUUCCCGCCGGCAUGCUUCGCACAGCCUAUGGUGACACCUACCGGACGUUCCCCCCACCUCAGCAGACCGAUGUGUCCCACUCCGACAUUUUCGGUAGCCCGGGUACCGCUAACUUCGCCCCGGCCGAGUCCAUCGAUUACCCUACCAGCAUUGGCUCAACCGGCUCCGGUGCUGCCCGCAUGCACCAAGCCCAAGGCGAAUGGCUAACCCGCUUCCCGGGCCUCUCGCUCAACUCCUAA